ACCGGCUCGCGCGCGCACGCCGGCUUAGUGGCAUUUUAACCAGCCUGCUCAGAACCCGGCUGUUAGAAUGAUAGCUUGAUUAAUUGCGAGCCCGGGUUCAGUUGGGAGUGUGGAGUUGACCGGGCAGGACCUAACCAUGAGUUCCGGAAUGAUCGGCUGGUGGAUGUUGAUCGUACUUGUUGGCAGUGUGUUGGGACAGAACGAGCUUGACACUACGGAGAAUGACAUCCCGCAGAAGGAGGACCAGGACGAGGCCAGUUGGUUCCAGAUAGACGACGAGGACGGCGAGUUGACCGUGCCGGAGUUGAUCACCAAGUACGGGUAUCGGGUUGAAAGUCACGCGGUGAUCUCGUCCGACGGGUACAUGCUGACGGUGUUCCGAAUUGCUCCGCGUCAACUACCGGAAAAGAGUCUAUAUCCGGUGUUGAUGGUGCACGGGUUGAUGACAAGUGCUGCGGACUACGUGAUAACCGGUCCGAACAACAGUCUAGCGUACCUACUUGCAGAUCGAGGGUACGAAGUGUGGUUAGCCAACAUGCGUGGAACCAGGUACUCCAAGGGUCACACUUCCAUAACUCCAGAUUCGCCAGAGUAUUGGGACUUUUCCUGGCACGAAAUGGGAUAUUACGAUCUGCCGGCGAUCAUCGACUACAUCCGGGCGACCAGUAACGUGUCUAAAGUUCAUUACGUUGGUCACUCUCAAGGAACCACGGUGUACUUCGUAAUGAGCAGUUCACGACCCGAGUACAACGAAAAGAUCGCCCUAAUGACCGCCCUCUCCCCAGCGGUGAUCCUCAAGCGAAUUCGCAGCCCAAUUGGUAGACUCACCCUGGACCUCGUUGAUUCGCUGAAGCAGCUUCUGCAAGCCCUCGAAAUCUACGAUGUGUUCGCGUACAACAGAAAUUAUCACCAACUGGCCAAGUCAAUAUGUCCGAAGGAGGAGAAGGAAAGCAUCUGCUACCGGUUGGUAUCCCAAAUCUGCGGACCAAACCCGGACGCGUACGAUCGGAAACUCAUGCUAGCCUUCCUGGGUCACGCCCCGGCCGGCGCCUCCGUCAAGCAGCUGAUGCACUUUAUCCAGCUGAACCGGAGUGGGCUGUUCCGGCGGUACGACUACGGUAAGAAGGGCAACCUGCAGACGUACAGCAAUUGGAAACCGCCUUCGUACAACCUGACGGCCGCUUCCGCGCCCGUGUUGAUCUACUACGCACUGAACGAUUGGCUGGUGCACCCGCGGGAUGUGCAGCAGUUUGCCCGGAAGUUGCCGCGGGUGGUCGGUCUGAACCCGGUUGGGGACAAGCAGUUCAAUCAUCUGGAUUUCAUUACGGCGAAGACCGUCCGGGAACAGCUGUACGACAAGCUGAUGCCGGUGCUGGACGGGUUCAACGACUAGGCGGACGGACGAUCGUGGGAAUCGGUGAACAAUGUAACGGAACGGGUUGUGAUUCGAGAGUGACGGCAAAUUCCUUUGGGCAAGUUAGAGAACAAUAUGUUUAACGAUGCACCGGAUUGAUUAAGGGGUGUGAGAAGUUUGUGUAAUUUAUUCAUAUGACGAAUUGUACACAUCGGUAAUUACUGUUGGACAGGCUGAUUGAUCUGGGUAAUUGAGCUUAACAAAGUAUGCUGGAAGUAUAUUAUACGAUAGCAGUACUCACAGUAGACAGUGAGACAUGAAGUGUAAUCACGUUUUGAUGGUGCCUCCUGAGUUUAUUCAGGACAAGCAAGCUUGAAAAGAAGGACUUGUUUGAUAUUCUCUGGAGCCACCAGUGUUCAGUACCAUAUAAUACAAUGAACAUAAUUUUAAUUUUUCUCUUUCUGGCUUUUUUUUUGAAACCGCCUUCAGUCAGGGGUAUUAAAAGAAACCCGCAAAAAAUGUUUUGUAGAAAUUUUGUUGAAAUUAAUCAACAAAAAUUUUGCGUUAAGACAUACCUUGGUUUUCUCAAUUCCACAAAAGUCUUUGAUUGUUUUGAAAAAGUUGCUUUGACGUUUAGCGUUGAUUAAAAAAAAUGAUGAUUUUCGAAUCAACAAAAUGUUUUGUUGAUUCAAACAUGCCUUUUUUUUCUACGUUAACCCAAAGAGUCAAGAAUGAUUUUUUGUUUAUUAGCCCAAAAAAAAACUCCAGAUGUAAACAUUGACUGUAUCCCGCUUACUCUGAUAGACACUGACAUUAGGUGUGAGGUGUAUACACUCAAUAUUUACAUUUGCUUAUUGGAGAUUUUUUUGUUUGCGUUCGACGUUUGCUGGGGGAAAACAAAUUUGACAUUGAAACGCUUGGGUCAUUAAGGACUAUUGGGAAAAAAUAGAAAACAUUGUUUGUGAUUUGCAUUUAGAGAUAUUAUUGACAGAUGGAACAGGAUUACUAUCAGUGGUGAUAAGAAGAGAAACAAGCGCACUUUCAUUGUAAAUAAAAAAACGUUUUCAUUAUCUAAGAUAAGAGCGUACUUUCCGGUCGACCAGCGAAU